AUGACAUACCUACAACUACAACAAUCAGAAAGACAUCCCGCGUAUGGGCCUAUUAUUGAAGACGUUAAGGACUUAAAUAUUCCAACUUGUGACGAUAUACUCGAUUUAGAUGAGUUAAGUCAAGAUAAUAGUAUCUUUCAGAAUGCAUUAGUUCCUCUUAUUAAAAGGAUUAAAGGUUGGAAUGACAUCACUGAAGGUUCUCAACUUAUUGUCACUCGAGUUUCUGGUGCCCUCACAAAUUGCGUAUUCUUCGUAGAAAAGCGACGAGUUGUUAGUAAUGGUAGUCCAUUAAAAGUUGUCUUACGUAUAUACGGGAAAGGUGUGGAUCAACUUUGUAGCAGAGAUGAUGAGUUAAAAUGGUUAAAAUUCCUUUCUCCAUACGGUAUUGGUCCCGAAUUAUUAUUAAUCUUUGGUAACGGAAGGUUUGAAAAAUUCCUUGAAUCUAUUACUUUGACUUCAAAGGAAAUUCGAUGUCCGAACACUUAUAUUCAUGUUGCAAAGCGUAUUGCUGCUCUUCAUAAUAUGGCUCACAUAUAUCCUCCUGAACAGGGCACUGAUCCUCUAGUUUGGACUAAUAUUGCAAAAUGGUAUACCAUUGUGUCGAACAAUAUCCAAAAUUUCACUGAAAAACAGAGGGUCAUUUUACAAAAAUUUAAUUUAUCAUCCCUUAAGGAUGAAAUCCGAUUAUUGAAAAAGAAAUUAUUGUUAAUUGACUCUCCAAUAAUCUUGGCUCAUAACGAUCUUCAACCAGGAAAUAUUCUUAGACUUACCGACGGAUCAGAUGAACUGGUUGCCGUGGACUUUGAGUAUGCUGGUUAUAAUUAUCGAGGGUUUGAUUUAAGCAACUUCUUUUGUGAGUUUAUGUUUGACUUCCACGAUCCAAAACCUCACGUUUUGCAUAAAGAUCGGUACCCAAAAGAAGCUGACAAGCUAAAAUUUUUAGAAUCUUAUUUAUCCGAUGAUUCUAUUUCUACUAUAUCUGAUGAUGUAUUACAAAAACUAGUAAUAGAAUGUGAUGCAUUUGCAUUAACUAGUCACGUAAUGUGGGGACUAUGGGGUUUGAUCCAGUGUCUACAAAGUAAUAUUAAUUUUGAUUACUUUGAAUACGCAAUGCAACGACUUAGAAUGUUUCGAGCUCUUAAAAAUAAAAUUUAUAAAAAGAUUGACAAAUCUUUUUCAUGA